AUUUUAAGACAACAAAAAUUGCAACAGAAAAUGUUAAAAUUGAUUAUUUUGACGUAAAAUCAAAAAAAAAAAAAAAAAUGAUCACGUGCGAAAAAAUGUUGUUUUACCAUAAAGUGAAUUGACCGGAAAACCAUGAUAUUUUUGAUAAAAAUAGAAAAUUUUGAAAAUGGAUAAUAGAAAAAUUUAGAAAAACAAGAAUAAGAAAAAUAAAAACUAAAAUAAAAAUAUAAAAUUUCGUGACAUAAUCAUAAAAACAAAAACUAGAAAAUAAUAAUAAAAAAUUAAGCAUAAUUUAGAAAAUCAGAAAAAAAAAAAACAAAUUUUAACAAAAUGAUUGCUGAUCCAGAAGAAAAUAAAAUUAUAAUUGAACCAAUACGGAAACUCGUAAAUGGAAAAAAUACUACUUUUAAUGUUCCAGAGAUAAUAAGUAAAGAAAAUAUAGAUGAUAAAAUUGAUGAAAAUAUUAUAGCACUACCAUCUUCAAAGAGAAGAUCAUCUUUAUUCGAUACAUUCCAUAAGCGAUUGAGAAAGUCAUUUAAAGCUGUUGCAGAAUCACCACGUGCUAUUUCUAGAUUUAGGCAAACCCGUUCAUCAUCUCGGCGAAUGAGAAAACGUGUAAUAUUUAAAAACGGUGAUUGUAAUAUUGUUCAAGGCAAUGUAGCAAAACGUAGGAAACGAUAUAUGCAGGAUAUUUUUACAACACUUGUCGAUGCACAAUGGCGUUGGACCCUAUUAAUAUUUGCUUUAAGUUUUAUAAUGUCAUGGGCAAUUUUUGCAAUUAUUUGGUGGCUUAUUGCAUAUGCUCAUGGUGAUAUUGAAUAUAUGCGUAUAGAAGAUGCAGCACUUAAAGGCGAUACAGAUAAAUUAAUAGAAAAUGAAACAUUUACAGUAUGUGUAAAAGAAGUACGUAGUUUUAAGUCAGCAUUUUUAUUUUCGGUUGAAACACAACAUACAAUUGGUUAUGGUAAUCGUUAUAUGAACGAGAAAUGUCUUGAAGCAAUUUUUGUUAUGUGUUUACAAUGUAUUACCGGUGUUAUAAUACAAGCUUUUAUGGUAGGAAUAGUUUUUGCUAAACUAUCUAGACCAAAAAAACGUGCUCAAACCCUUUUAUUUUCAAGAAAUGCUGUGAUAUGUCACCGUGAUGGUGUUCCAUGUUUAAUGUUUCGUGUUGCUGAUAUGCGUAAAAGUCAUAUAUUAGAAGCACAUGUUAGAGCACAAAUAAUAAGAAAAAAGGUAACUAAAGAAGGAGAAGAACUCCCUUUUUAUCAACAAGAAUUAGAAGUUGGCUCUGAUGGUAACGAAGAUCGGUUAUUAUUUAUAUGGCCUACUGUUAUUGUACAUAAAAUAAAUAAACAUAGUCCUUUAUAUGCUCUUUCAGCACAGGAUAUGUUAAAAGAACGUUUUGAAAUAGUAGUAAUGCUUGAAGGUGUUGUUGAAUCAACUGGUAUGACUACACAAGCACGAAGCAGUUAUUUACCAUCAGAAAUAUUAUGGGGUCAUCGUUUUCAACGUGCUGUUAAUUUUAAGCAUGCAACAGGAGAAUAUGAGGUAGAUUAUACAAGAUUUAAUGAUACAUAUGAAGUAGAUACGCCAUUAUGUAGUUCUAAGCAAUUAGAUGAAGUUAGAGUUGAAAUAAAUUCACCAAAAGGUUUAGAGCGUCUAUAUUCAACUGGUUUGUUAACACGUUUUUCUACAAUAUCAGUUCCAGAACCAGCUAGUGAUGAUUCAACUGAAUCUCUUGGUGGUUUAGAAAUACAAACAGAUUUAGUUGAAAAUCACAAUCAAAAUUCUGAUGAUUUGAAAAACGAUGAUUCUAACAAAGAAAAUAUUAAAUUAUUUUUAAAUGAAGAGAAGAAAAUUGAAAAUAAUAAAAGGAAUGGUUUCUUGCAAUCAUCAAAACAAUUACAAAAUUUAAAUAAGAAUAGUUUGGAUAGAAUACCUUUAGAAACUAAAAAAUUAUCAAUA